AUGUUCACACCAUCAAGACUUUUGUUUGAGAUGGAGAGAAGUCGAGAUAGCGAGAGCCCACUGAUGAGAACGCCUAAAAGCCAGAGUACGGACAAGGGAAGUUUAACAGCAUGUUUAUCGCUGAGAAAUAUCUUGACAUAUCUUUCUAUCCUCCUAAACACAUUUGAAAACGCACAUCUAAUAGAUUGGGUUGUUGUUAAAUUUGUAAACAAAUCUUGUCCUUCCGCAGCCCUUGAGGCUGAUGUUAUGAAAACGCUUUCAGGUCAUGCCCACAUCGUGAAGGUUGUGUCUGUAUUUCACAAUGACACAUACCUCGGUAUUGUGAUGGAGAGGCAUGGUAACAUCAGCCUCAGCUAUUAUGAAUUUAUGUUGAAAGCUCCUCGGCUGGAUGAGCCAACUGCAAGAUACCUUUUCUCUCAGAUGGUAUCAGCUGUUAAGUUCUGCCACACAAAGAACAUUGCUCAUCUGGAUAUCAAGCCGGACAAUAUCAUCGUCAACGAGGAGCUUUCCAUAAAGCUGAUAGACUUCGGGUUGUCCAGUCCUGAUGCCUCAAACAUCCAAAAAGGAAGGCUGGGCACACCCGGGUAUAUGCCACCAGAAAUGUCGUUCGACGGAAGACUUUUCCUCCCCAGUGCUGCUGAUAUCUGGGCGCUGGGAGUCACCUUUUAUGCCAGCUACUUCCUCAAAUUGCCAUUUGGGGUUGAUGUAAAUGGUGACUUCCUUCUUUCUGGCUCUUCACCAUUACUCGACCUUCAUGGUGUUAUCAGUGAGGGGCCUACACUGUGCUUAUUGACAGAUUUCGUCCAGAUGUUGUACAGCAUGUUCAAGUUUGACUGGCAGGAGAGGAUUACUUGCGAAGAGUUAGAACGACAUGCAUGGUUCCAAGGAUUGAGAAUAGCUGGAGAGGAAUUUUAUGAGUCCGCGUUAAAAUUAUCUGUUACAAUUGCAGUAGAGACAUCAAUAUUUUUCUAA